UGGUGUUGUGCCUCCCAUGACCUCCCUCGACCUGUGCUGUGUUACCCAAUACCAAAACCCAAACGCCUCUUUCUUUUUUCUUUUUCCUUAAAUAAAAUUAAAUUUCUUUUUUUUUUUAUUCUCAUCUCUCUCUCUCUCUCUCUCUCUAAUUUAUUUGACUCUCUAUAAAUCAGAGAGGAUCCCUCCCUCUUGCUUUUCUGUCUUCUCCAUUCUAACUACUCUUCUCUCCUUCUCGCCGUUCGUUUUUUCUUUUCCUUUUUUUUUUUUUUUUUCUUUUUUGUGUUUUUGGCUUGAGGAGUUUAGUAAUAUAUUUAGCUGCAAAGAGUCCAGGUGCUGUACAGUUAAGCUUCAGAUUUUUUUUAUCAGAUUGGCAACAGAGAGGAAAAAUGAACCAGUGCGGGAUCCUGCAAAAUACCUAUGCAACCCGUGAAGAGAUGAGGAGGUCUAUUGUUUGUCCAAAACCACGUCGUUUUGGUCUUCUUAACGCCACCAUCGAAGAUCUACCCAUCAAGCCUGCCAAAUGGCAUCUUGGGCACCAAGCGGAGCUCUAUGAAUCAAAACCAGGGACUGAUUUUUUGGAUAUCAUCCUCACUGAGGGUGCUUCUAGUAUAGAACAAAGUAGCACACAAGUAGCGUCGUCGCCCCCAUUUUUUUGCGGGUCGCCGCCGAGCAGAGUUUCUAACCCAUUAACACAGGAUGCUCGAUUCGGGGAUGAGAAUCCUCCACUGUCAGUGCCAUCACCGCCAUCGUCCUCCGCAAGAAAAGCAGGCUGCAUCCGAGGAAAUUUUGGAAACAAGCCAGUGGUGCGAAUCGAGGGGUUUGAUUGCCUCGACAGGGAUAGUCGAAAUUGCAGCAUUCCUGCUCUGGCAUAAAACAACCCAAUUCAUCCAUCAAACAUAAAAAGAAGAGUAUAUAGUUGAAAGAAAAGGAAAAACAGCUACGUCAAAACUUUGGUAGCCGUUAAUCAGAGAGAAUUUUGAAGUUCUGAUCCUUUUGUUUUGUGUAAAUAUGUACGGGAAGGUCGACCUGUUAAUAUGGUUAUGUAAGUAAAAAUGAAAGAAAUAACGAAUAGGGUUUGUUUAGAUUUGAAGUUUAGGAAAGAAAAUUUUAAAUCAAAGAGCGAUGAGAAGGGGGGGAGGGGGUAUUAUCCAUCUCCUCUCAUCUAUCUUAUUUUGUAAUUGUCGGAGAGUCUUGAGCGAGGGAAGUUGUGUUUGUAAUUUAAGGUUUUGGGUAUUCGCGGCGUAUGAAUGCAGUCUAUAAAAUGUAAAUUACUAAAUCAAAUCUUCUUUUUUCUUCU